UCACAAAGCUCAAUAAGGUAAGAAAGAAGAGAUGAGAGCGGGACUGAGUCCCAAUCCCAUUUGUCCGUUGAGUUUUUGAAUUUCAAACAUAGAAAUCCAAUAAAUUUCACAAACAAAACAAAAAAGACUUACUCUUUUAUUAUUAUUGCUAUCAAUUUCCAUUGGUUCAGUUCAGUAAAACCAACUCUUUCUUUCUCUCUCUCUCUCCCACAUUCCCACACUUCCCACUAAAGACACUCACCCACUCUCUCUAUAUCUCUUAAAAAACACACAUUUUUACUUUAAAGUUUCGAUCUUUGAGUCUAUUUCCCUUUUACAAACAAAACCCUUUUGAAUUUUCAUUCCUCCUCUACUGUUGAGCAAAAAAUGGGAGCUUCAGGAAAAUGGGUUAAAGCUUUUAUAGGUUUGAAGAAGCCAGAGAAAGAAGAACAUGACAAGGUUGUUGUUAAGAGCAAAAAAUGGAGACUUUGGAAGAGUUCUUCAGGGGAUAUGGGGUCUGCUUGGAAAAGCUUUAAAGGGAUUCAAAGAGCUGGUUCCGAAGGCUCUGCUUCUCCUCGUUUGGCUAAUAAUCAUAAUGCUUUUUCUGCUGCCAUGGCUACUGUUGUUAGAGCUCCUCCUAGAGAUUUUAGGGUUGUUAGACAAGAAUGGGCUGCCAUUAGGAUUCAAACUGCUUUUCGUGGAUUUUUGGCAAGAAGGGCUUUGAGGGCCUUAAAAGGAAUAGUAAGGCUUCAAGCAUUAGUUCGAGGCCGACAAGUGAGGAAGCAAGCUGCUGUGACACUGAGGUGUAUGCAGGCCCUUGUUAGAGUUCAAGCUCGUGUUAGAGCUCGUCGUGUGAGGAUGUCUAUGGAAGGCCAAGCUGUGCAGCAAAUACUCGACGAGCAUCGCAGCAAGGCUGACCUUCUCAAACAAGCUGAGGAAGGUUGGUGUGAUAGCAAGGGAACAUUAGAUGAUGUUAAAACCAAGUUACAUAUGAGGCAAGAAGGAGCUUUUAAGAGGGAGAGAGCCAUUGCAUACUCACUAGCUCAAAAGCAAUGGAGAUCAAUCCAAGACUCGAAUUCUCGAUCAACUUGCUCGGGCUAUUCUUUAAGGAAUCAAGAGUUUGACAAGAGUAGCUGGGGAUGGAGUUGGUUAGAGCGUUGGAUGGCGGCGAAACCAUGGGAGACCAGACUAAUGGAACAAUCUCAACCCAUUGACCCUUCUGAGAUCACUCCUACUACAAAGAAUUGUUUAGAUUCCAAACGAUCGAAAUCUUUUGAACCAUCUUCGGUUAAAGUUAGAAGGAACAAUGUGACAACAAGGAUUUCGGCUAAACCUCCUACUCAUCAUCAUCAAAUGGGGCAAGCUACUCGCUCAUCCUCGAGUCCUAGUUCUGAAUUUCGGUAUGAUGAGAGCUCAGCUUCCUCCUCAUUCUGCACGUCUACAACUCCUAUUUCGGGGAACACAACAAUGUUGGCUUCGGAUAGAACAGAUGACAGCAGUUGCAGCAGACCGAGUUACAUGAACUUAACCGAGUCUACUAAAGCGAAACAAAGGCUGUAUAACCAACAACAACAACAGCAGCAACAGCAGCCAACUCAUAGAAUUAGGCAAUCAAUGGAUGAGUUUCAGUUUAUGAAGAAAUCAGGUGUUUUCUCUAAUGGUGAUUCGAAAAGCAUUGCUGGUUCUGAACAUUCCUCUAAGCCACUCCAUUUAUCAGCUCAGUUGGAUAGGAACAACAUGAAACUUAGGUGAAAGAAAGAUCACUUGGCUUCAAGAUCAACAACUUGUUGUUUCUUUUUAAUCUUUUGUUUUUGAUUGUGUAUUUAAGUAUUUUUGUGGAAGUUGUUUUCCCAAAAAACAGAUGAGAGUCUUCCUUAGGAUUAAAUAUUGUCUUUAAUUAUAGUUUGUAGUUUGUACAAUAGUUCAUUUAUGAUCAUGAUUAAAUAUUGUCUACCA